AUGGUGAUAUUUUUAUGGUGCAAUGGUUAUUUAAUAAAUAAUGAAUUUAGAGUCUUCCUUGUCAGGAGAAGAGAUGAAUUAAAACUUAGUUAUGUAAAAUUUAUAAUAAAGGAAUACAUAAUUUAGGAAUCGAACUUAUUUUAAUUAAAAGGGAAUUAAGAAUUUCUAAGAAUAUUUUCAAGCUUAAAACUUUUAAAUUUGCUGUAGGGUUCAUUUUAACUUUGUAGGCGCUUGAAUACACAUCUAUUAUAAUUGAUUAAUAAUUAUGUCAGUAAAAGGGAAAAUAAUUAAUGCAAAUAUAAAAUAUAUACUAUUAUUCAUAUAAACUUCAAUACUGAAUCAAAGGCAAGAAAAAUCUAUUCAAAUGAAUCGUGGAAUAUAGUUGAUGAUUCUUUCUAAAGUUUUAUGCUAAUUCAAUAUUUGGAUUAAUAAAAUAGGAUUGCUAAGAAGAAAUUAAAAUAAAAAGAAGGUAAUUUUGUAGUAUGGAAUUACUCUUAAAUGUAUAUUCAAAUAAGACAAUAAAAUCCAGCAUAUCUUAUUGGGUUAAUGAUCAAUCAUUAUAAUUGUUAUCUCAAUAUUAUUGACAGGAUAUUAAAUUAACAAUUUGAAACUAAAAUUAUAGUGACGGGAAAGGCCAAUAUUAUUAUAGAUAAAUUAUAUAUUCAAUUGUAGUUUAGGAACUCAAAUCUACGUAUCUAUUCUGUUUUACUCACUAAUUAUAAAUAUCAAUAUAGUUACAAUUUUGUAUAUAUUCAAAAUGUAUUGAAAGAAUAGUAGUAUAAUAAAGGUAAUAGAAUAAUAUUAACCUCCAAAGAAGAAGAAUAUCAGAUGGGUUAGCAUUCGAUUAUAAUUAUCAACUUGAUUUUUAAUGAUUUUUAAUUGCUGCUUCAAUAUGGCUAACAUCAUAUUGUCAUAGUUGUAUAUUUAGAUUAGUUCUUCAUUGAAAAUGAUUGUCAACAUAAGAAUAUGAAAAAAGAAUUUAAAUUUUUGAGAGUAUCUUAAACUUAAAAAUCAAAUUCUAAUUACAAAAUAGAAAAAGAUAAUCAGGAUUUCUAAUUAUUCCUUCUUCUUUUGAGAAUACUUGAAGUAUUAAUUGACUUAAGUUUUGGAACCGAGACAAUUCUUUACAAAACAGAGUCAUAAAAGUGA